UCGAAGCUUAACGGAAAGCCUUCCCUAGCAGCUUCUGAGAGAAACGGCUGGAUCGGAGAGAGCCCCCGUCGUAGGUUUGGACUGCAGGGAAGGAAAAAUUGUUAAGGAGGAAAAGACCGGAAAGGUGCUUAGGGCCUUCGGUGUCAUUGCAAGGAGGCCCUCCGCCAGGCGGUGGAGUUCUCGCGUUUGGAAAGGCCCCUGUUGCUGGUUAUUGCAGGCUUCCUUGUCCUCCAUUGGGCCUCCUACAAUGGUGUCAACUAUCCACAUGCCAACUCCCAUGUGCCUGAUCGAGAACAGGGGAAAGGAGUUCCGUGUUUGUCAAGAGGCCCUGCAGCUGCUGUCUGAAAUCCACCAGCCGGUGGUGGUGGUGGCCAUUGUGGGACUGUACCGCACGGGCAAGUCCUACCUCAUGAACAAGCUGGCUGGCAAGACCUCAGGUUUUGCACUGGGCUCUAAGGUGCAAGCCAACACCAAAGGUAUCUGGAUGUGGUGCAUUCCCCACCCCAAGCAGCCCAGCCAGACCCUCGUCCUUCUGGAUACGGAGGGGCUCGGCGAUGUGGAAAAGGGCGAUCCCAAGAAUGACACCUGGAUCUUUGCGCUGACCCUGCUCCUGAGCAGCACCCUGGUCUACAACAGCAUCGGCACCAUUGACCAGUACGCGAUGAACCAGCUCCACUACGUGACGGAGCUGACCGAGCACAUCAAGGCAAAAGUCCCAUCCAGGGAGAACGCCGUGGAUGGACUGGAAGACUCUGCCGAAUUCGUUCGCUUCUUCCCAGACUUCAUCUGGAGCUUGAGGGACUUCACAUUGUGCCUGGAGCUGGAUGGGCAGCCCAUCUCUGCAGAUGAUUAUCUGGAACGUGCCUUGACAUUAAAAAAAGGAGACAGCCACGACAUCGAGCUGUUCAACCUGCCACGCAAAUGCAUCCGGAUGUUCUUCCCCACCCGGAAAUGCUUCAUCUUUGAGCGCCCCACCUCCAGGAAGAACCUGUCUCGGCUGGACCAGAUGCAGGAGAGCGAGCUGGACCCUGACUUUGUGGAACAAGCAGGCCAGUUCUGCAGUUACGUCUACUGCACGUCCAAGGCCAAGACCAUCCCCGGUGGGCACGUUCUCAAUGGCCGCUUGCUGGCGAAGCUGGCGGAGACCUACGUGGACACGCUCCGCAGUGGGAAAGUGCCUUGCAUGGAGAAUGCAGUGCUGGCCUUGGCUGACAGGGAGAACUCGGCUGCGGUGGCCGAUGCUACGGCCCGCUACGUGGAGCUGAUGGAGCGAAGGCUGAAGCUGCCCACGGAGACGCUGGAGGAGCUGCUACGGAUCCAUGCCGGGUGCGAGGAGGAGGCCCUCCGGGUGUUCAUGGCUCGAGCCUUCAAAGACGACACACGCCAGUUCCAGGCUCAGCUCAUGAAAACCCUGGAUGAGAGGAAGGAGGAGUACUGCUCUAAGAACGAGAAGGAAUCCUCAAGAGAGAGUAUGGCUGUGCUGAAAGCGCUGUCUCAGGAGAUCGAAAAGAACAUCAGAACGGGGAGAUACUCCCAACCUGGUGGCCACCAGCAUUUCUUGCAGGACAUGAAGAAACUGGAAGAAAGAUACCACCAGAAACCUAAGAAAGGUUUAAUGGCCAUGCCCGUCCUGCAGCAGUUCCUGAAGGCCAAAGAAGAUGUUGGCAGAGCCAUACUUCAGAGCGACAAAGCCCUUUCGGAGAAUGAGAAGCGAAUGAAAGAGGCACAGGCGAGGGCCAAGGAGGCACAGCGAGAGCAGGAAUCCCAGAGGCAGCAGCUGGCUGUGCUGGAACAGAAGAGGGCUGAUCAGGAACGGAGCUUUGAAAUGAACCUGGAAGAGCUGAGGCAGAAGCUGCAGCAAGAGAGAAAGCAGAUCUUGGAAGAGCAGGAGAAAGUGAUGGACUGCAAGCUGAAGGAGCAGGAGAAGAUGUUAAAGAACGGAUUCCAGAGGGAAGCUAAUCAGCUGAAAGAGGAGGUUCAGCUGCUGAGAGAACAGAAUGAUGAAAAGCAGGAAUCUUUUAUUACAACUGGGCUGCAUAUUCUGGCAGAGGUGGCUUCACUUUACUUGCCAGGUUUUCUUGGCAAAGCUGUAGGGUUUGUUUCUAACCUUUUGAGGCGCCUGUAGCCAGACAGGAACUAGGCCUGACCUGCAGAUCCUUCCUCCUGUCUCGGAAAUGCUUAUCAAACGUGCUGCUUUGUUUAGCGUUAAACAGCCUGAAGCUGGAAACUUAGCAAAUGGCAAGGAAACAGGAACAAGAUGCAGGGACUGGAAAAGCACUUUGAUUAACGAGCAGUCUUGCACCAUGAGAAUCUGCUACCCAGUAGUAUUAAGCAGCCAUUGCUGUUGGGCUAAAGGCCAUUUUAUACCUACACAGAGAAAGGUUCCUUCCACAGAAGGAAACGUGUGUUUUUACUUGGCGCCCAUCCAGCUAGAAGGAACAGGCAAGCACAGCCCCUUGAGGAGGUCUCUGCAGAGCACCAGGGUUGGCCACCCUUGUGGCAAACUCAUGUUCCUUGAAUACCCCUCAAAACAGCAUUUGCCAGCUUGUUCUCUCAGACCCACUAGUAAGGCCAAGCCAGACCAGAAGUGGGAGAUCACAGCAUCACACCAAAGAAAUUGCUCCCAAGACUUUUGCAGGCCUCACAGAAUAAGCGCUGUGCUUCACAGAAAACUUUAUGCUGAGAUAAAAGAGGACAAAAUUUAAAAGUGAAUAGGCACUCGGGAAAAAAGCACAGAAAGCUUCUUGCCUCCUGCCUGUCAGAUGCAGAAUUUCUACUACUGGGACGCUGUUUCUAUAUUCUGCAUUCCACCAAGACUGUUUUGGUGGAACAACUGCCAUUGCCAAAUGAGAUUGCCUGCAGCCAGCAUGUUUCGCUUUGCUCUGCUCCUCGUACAGCCUGCGUUUCUUCAGCAAGUUAUCUCAAAUGAUGUUCGUAUGUGUGUGUGUGUGUGUGUGUGUGUUAUUGUGAGUUGCACUUAGGGUCCUGAGCUCCUGCAAUGACUGGGAGCCUUCCCUCACCUUUGUCUUUUUUUUUUCUUAACAUGUACAAAUACAUAGAAGAAAAAUUUUGUGUGAUCAUGCAAGUCCACCACAUACGAUAGAAAGUCCCAUCCGCCCCGUUAACAUUUCCAAAAUUAUAAUUCUUAUCUAUUUUUCCAAUAUCUUUUGGAGUAAUGUACCACUGAUAAAACUUCUUAUACCAA